AUGGCGCCAAUUUACGUUGACGAAGACGUUGGGCGAGACGACUCAACUGCCACCGGCGCGGAGUCCGCUCCCUACAAGACCCUCGUUCACGCUUUUUUGCAGCAUGCCCCUUCUGGUGGCACCGAAUACUUGACUCGCAAGUCUCAGACUGAACCUACGGGCGAAGGUGCUGACCCGGCUGCAAAACUAGAAUGGAAGCCGGCCACCAAGUCCGCUUUGAAGAAAGCAACCACCUUAUUCGAGCAGCGUAAGAAGAAGGCCGCCAAGGAACAAGAGUUGGCUAUCCGCGAGAAGGAGGAAGCAGAUAAACGCCAGCUUGUUCUUGAGGAGGCGAAGAAAGUCGUGAUUAAGGAAGACCCGUCGCUUCCUAAGCCUGUGAAGAUUCGGCUAGAUGUGACUGACCCUGCUGUUGUGAAACUCGGCUCGCCAGAGUCAGAUACACCUGGAACACGAGUGCGUGUUCUUGGAAGAGUUCAUCGCCUGCGGAGUCAAAAAGGCAUGAUCUUUCUGACUCUUGCUGACGGCUACGGGUACCUGCAGUGCGUCUUGACCGGCGAUCUGGUGAAAACCUACGAUGCUAUGACGCUCACCCUUGAAACGUCCAUUGCGCUCCAUGGAGAGAUGAAAGCCGUCCCUCCCAAGCAGCAUGCUCCCAACAACCGUGAACUACAUGUAGACUUUUACACGGUCAUCGGUCGUGCUGCUGGUGAUAAGGAGGCGAUCACCACACGGGUGUCCCAUGAGGCCGAUCCGCAAACACUCUACAACAACCGUCAUCUUGUUCUCCGCGGCGAGACUGCCUCAUCAGUGAUGAAGGUUCGGGCUGCUACUCUCAGGGCAUUCCGUCAAACGUUCGAAGAGCUCCGUUUGACCGAAGUGACCCCGCCUGCUAUGGUUCAAACACAAGUGGAAGGAGGAAGCACUUUGUUCAAGUUCGACUACUAUGGUGAGAACGCCUACUUGACUCAAUCAUCGCAACUAUACCUCGAGACCUGUCUCCCUUCGCUUGGAGAUGUAUUCUGCGUUUGCCCCUCGUUCCGUGCAGAAAAGUCUCUUACCCGUCGCCACCUGUCCGAAUACACACACAUCGAGUCAGAGCUGGACUUCAUCGAUUUCAACGACCUUCUUGACCACUUGGAGGCUGUUAUAUGUCGUGUCCUCGAAAUUGUCCUGGUCGACCCUGUCGCUAAACCCAUAAUUGAGCGCCUCAACCCUGAGUUCAAGACACCUAGCCGCCCAUUCCUUCGCAUGAAGUACUCCGACGCCAUUGACUGGUUGCGGGAGCACGAAAUUCCCAACGAAGAAGGCAACCCCCACAAGUUCGGUGAUGACAUCGCCGAGGCCGCCGAGCGUAAAAUGACGGAUAUCAUCAACCGACCCAUUUUCCUCACCCACUUCCCAGCCGAAAUCAAGGCCUUCUACAUGAAGAAAGACCCUGAAGACCGCCGUGUGACUGAGAGUGUCGACGUCCUGAUGCCCGGUGUCGGUGAAAUUGUCGGUGGAAGUAUGAGAAUGGACGACUGGGACGAGUUAAUGGCCGCCUACAAGCAUGAGGGCAUGGAUCCUUCGCCUUACUACUGGUACACCGACCAGCGCAAGUACGGGACAUCACCUCACGGUGGUUACGGUUUUGGCUUGGAGCGCUUCCUCGCUUGGCUGUGUGCCCGGUACACAGUCCGAGACUGCUCCUUGUACCCUCGUUUCACAGGUCGUUGCACGCCCUAA